CUUUCCAAGUUCAACGCUUCUUCUUCUUCUGCUUCUGGGUCUGAAGGCUUCCCCACGACCGUGCUGAACCCGAUGGAGAUCGACCCUUGUGACAACUCCAACUGGCUCGUCGAUUACGGGCUCGUGGAUGUUUCGGCUGGGGACGUCCUUCCCUCUCCCGGGUUCGCCUGGUCCUCUCCGUCCUUCGACGUCUCCUCCUCCAAUGCCAGCAUAGAGGUCAACCGUGCAUCUACUAGGGAUUCAGGGAACCUCAAGGGCAUGAGCUGUCGCAAAAGACUGAAAUCUGAAGCAUGCCUCGCAUCUGGUUCCAAAGCAUGCCGGGAGAAACUUCGAAGGGAUAGGCUAAAUGAAAGGUUCCUAGAAUUGGGUUCUAUCUUGGAGCCUCGAAGGCCACCCAAGACGGACAAGUCUGCCCUUUUGAGUGAUGCUGUUCGCAUGGUUACCCAGCUGCGUAAUGAAGCGCAGAAACUCAAGGAGUCGAAUGAGGAAUUGCAAGAGAAAAUAAAAGAAUUAAAGGCUGAGAAGAAUGAAUUUCGCGAUGAGAAACAGAGGCUAAAGUCAGAUAAAGAGAAAUUGGAGCAACAGCUGAAAGCCAUGAGCUUUCAUCCAGUUUUUCCACCUCAUCCAUCUGCACUGUCGACACCUUUUGCUGCUCAAGAGCGAGCAGGUGGCAACAAGUUGAUGCCUUAUAUCGGUUUCCCUGGCAUGGCAAUGUGGCAAUUUAUGCCGCCUGCUGCAGUUGACACGUCGCAGGAUCACGUACUCCGUCCUCCUGUUGCUUAAUCAGCAGACACAAAUCAUCUGGUAGUCUGUCUUACUAGGAUUCGUGUGCUAAUGUUUGUGUUGUUUCUUCGACCUUCUACAUUGGAUUUCCACAAAGUGGAAAAACUUGAUGAGGUGGAUGAUCUAAUUUGCGGACCGAUAUCACCAUUGUUUCUCAUCCAUUGUAGUAUAGACGUACUGUUGCCAUGUAAAAUGCAAUAAGACAGAACUUCUUGUUUGAAAA